CAUCACUCCAUCCAUCAUCAAUCGCCAGGAUGCCGCCCACACGCACAUCUGCCGCCGCUUCUUCCUCCUCCUCUGCCUCCUCAGGCAAGUCAGCGUCACGCCCCCAACCCUCACGCAAGGGCAAAGCAGCCUGGCGACGCAACAUCGACCUCUCAGAGGUGGACUCACACCUCGAGUCGAAACGAACAGCAGAGCGGUUGGGUCUCAUCGAUUCUGGCGCUGCUUCCUCCUCUUCCUCCUCCUCCUCUGCUGCGCCCUUUGAGCUAGACACGAAAGGGGAUGAAGCACUAGGCAACAGACUGAGGCAAAAACGCACCAAGCGACCCUUGAAGAGCCUACAAGUCCUCGAGAACGAGAGUGCCGUACCCGCCUUCAAUGGGAAGCGCUCCUCCUCCUCGUCCUCCUCCUCCGCUACGUCGUCGCGCAAGGGGACGGGCAAAAUGAGCAAGAGCGAAAAGGAACGUCUCACUCGCCUGGCAAAGCGCGACAUCAAGGGUGCAUUUGGCGUAGUUGUGGAGCCCGAAGUCCAGCAGGGGCAACGCGCGAUGCAGAGUGUCAAGGGAACGGUGAUGCGCACACCGGAGGAGGAUGCGUGGCAGCGUGCCGUUCAGAGUGUUGAGGGUGCGGCUGCGGGUGCGACCUCUACGUCGUCGUCUACGAAGCGUAGUGUCCUCCCCUCUCUCUCGAAGCCAACGACGGCCCAGUCAUACAAUCCGACGGCAAAGAGCCACGAGGAGCUCCUCCAACGGGCAUACGAGGCUGAGAUGAAGCGAUACGCCGAGGAACAGGCGAAUAGGGAGUACAAGGAGAAGUGGAACGCGGGAGGGGCUGCGGCUGCUGAGGAUUCGGAGGGCGCAGAGGGUGCGAAGCGAUGGGCGGGCAUGCUGAUCGACGAUGCAGAGGCUGCGCAGGAGGACGAGGACGAGGAAGAGGAGGAGGCGUCCACAAGCCGUACCAACACGGCGGCGCCGCCGCAACGCAAGACACGCACGCAACGCUUGAAGGACCAGCGCAGGCAGGAGGCAGAACGUCAGCUCGCUCUGAAACGAGCCCAGAAGAUGCAACGCGGCAUCGUCUCCCAACUCCCCUCUAUGGCCAAGAGUCUCAAGAAACAAGAGGCUCAACGCCUCGCCACCCGCGAAGCGCGCAAGGCCACCGAAUUGGAUCGAAUGGCAGCAGAAGGUCUCGCGGGGCGACGAUCGGGCAAACAUCUCGUACCACAAUCCAUGGCACAACGCGAUGCGCUGCGCGUUGCACUGGAUGAAGACUUGACCGAAUCUCUUCGAGCACUCAAGGCUGAAGGGGCCGAUGCGGGCGGGGCUUUCCGAGAACGGUGGGAUAGGAUGGUGCUUAGGGGAUUGGUGGAGCCCCGUGUUCCCAAGGGGGCGGGGAGGGAUAAGGGGAGGAGGAGGAAGGGUAGGGAGUACGAGACGCAUGCGUAUAAGCGAUUCGAGUAGGUGCCGCAGGGGGGGAUGGAGAUUGCAGGGGAGAAGGGGAAGGACGAUCAUGCUCAGCUUCGUACUGGUGGGAUUGAAAGAAAUUUCGUCACUUCUUGAUUGCACCGAAAGAUCGUCUCUUCGUCUCUCGUCUCUCGCCUCUUCGUUUGACUACGUCUACACACCCACGCCGCCUCACUCUACGCGGCCAAUCGACUAAUAACAAACUUGACACCC